CAGUAAAACUGCCUCUUUAUUGUUUCUGCCUGCUCCCAAGUCUGCGGGUUGCUCUGCCUCGCGUUUAUCACGCGCGUUAUUGCGGAGACCUGGACUAUCCGCCCCCUUGCCCGUGUGACCGAGCCAUGGCGCCCGCGGAGCUGCUCCGGCUCCGGCUCCUGCUCCUGCUCCUGCUCCUGCUCCCGCUCCGGCUCAGCCUGGCCGCCGCCUCCCGCCCCGGGCUGGUGUUGAUCCUGGCCGAUGACCUGGGAUACGGAGACCUGGGCUGCUUCGGACAUCCGAGCUCCCUCACCCCAAAUCUGGACCGACUGGCAGCCUCGGGCCGAAGGUUCAGCGAUUUCUACAGCGCGGCCAGCGUCUGCAGCCCGUCUCGGGCAGCCUUGCUCACAGGCCGUUACCCUACGCGAUCAGGAAUUUUCCCAGGCGUCUUCUACCCUGGGUCAAAGGGGGGACUGCCACUAAAUGAAACUACAAUUGCUGAGUUGUUGAAGCAGCAAGGAUAUGUCACUGCCAUGGUGGGGAAAUGGCAUUUGGGCUAUGGAUUAAAUGGGACUUACUUACCCAUCCACCAUGGUUUUGAAGAAUUCCUGGGUGUUCCAUACUCCCACGAUCAGGGUCCCUGCCAGAAUUUGACCUGUUUCCCACCGGACACCAAGUGUUUUGGAAAGUGUGAUCAAGGAGUGGUCCUCUUGCCCCUAAUCAGGAAUAACACAGUGAUUGAGCAGCCGAUCAGCUUUCCUGAGCUCACUCCACAGUAUGAUCACUUUGCAAGAGACUUCAUUCUAAGAGCAGCACAACAACAAAAACCAUUCUUCCUUUAUUACGCAUCACAUCAUACCCAUUAUCCACAGUUUGCAAGUGCAGAUUUUACAAGAAGGUCGAUGAGGGGCCCUCUGGGAGACGCACUGAUGGAAUUUGAUGGUUCAGUGGGGCAGAUACUGAAGGCUUUACGUGAUGCUGGAGUGGAGAAUAACACGUUAAUCUUCUUCACCAGUGAUAAUGGACCAGAACUGAAGCGACGAUCGCGUGGUGGAAAUGCUGGGCUGCUGAAGUGUGGCAAAGCCACCACAUAUGAAGGAGGGAUGAGGGAACCGGCAAUUGCCUACUGGCCUGGCCGCAUCGCUCCAGGUGUGACCCACGAACUGGCCAGCACCCUUGAUAUCCUGCCAACAAUUGCCAGCCUCACGGGUGCAAAGCUUCCACGUGUCAAACUUGAUGGAUAUGAUAUGGGGGAUAUCCUCUUCAAUAAUGGGAAGAGCAAGCGGGGCACCAUGUUUUACUAUCCAGUUUCUGCCAACAAGAAGCUGGGUGUGUUCGCAGUACGUAAAGGGCGGUACAAAGCCCACUACUACACUCAAGGUUCUACCCUCAGUGACAGUACCCCUGACCAUGACUGUCACUGGGACUCGCUUCUCGCCUCCCAUGACCCUCCACUGCUCUUUGAUCUGGAAGCUGAUCCUUCUGAGAACUAUCCCCUGAGCAGCUCUGACAUUCCCAAUUACAGCUGGAUAAUCAACCAGAUACACAAGGAAAAGCUGAUGUUUGAACUGGAAAUGGAGUUUGGAGAAAGCCAGACUGAGAAGGGAGUUGACCCAAAUCUUGAACCUUGCAUCAAUGUUGGGUGUAGACCCCGGCCUAGCUGCUGUGUUAAGACUUAGAAUGGAAGAAGGAAAAGAGGGAAGGCACACCUUAAUACCACUAAAUGGAAAAUUGAUGACUAAUCUCAACAUGGGCCUCUUGGACAGGAGGCGAAAGGGUACCAUUGGAAUUCUCCUGACAGCUGGAUUCAAAGAUACAAACUUAAGUAUGCUGAAAGAACUUAAAAUGAAAUGGAAUGGUUUAAAGUGAAAGAAAGGUUCUAGAACGGGGAGGCUGGGUACUCAGGACUUCAAAAAACAUCAGUCUGUUUCAUUAAAUUCUGAUUAAUCACAGUGUCUAAUUUUCUGACUAGGUCUUUGAUGUGCAUUUUCAUUCAGCCAGUCAGUAUAGUGUAAAUUGGUUCUUAUGUCAAAUGAUAUAAUAUUUUCAUUUUACUGAUCUAGCUCAACUUUUUUUCUUAACUCUAAUUUCAGUAUUUUUCUUUGAGUUUUACCCCCAACUAAAUUCUGUGAUCAUUCUCAUCUGUACAGACUAUCACAUCUAUCUGUCGUUCCUAGUCAGUUUCUCUUCUUAUCUGUCUUUUGUUCCUGGUCAGUUUCUAUUCUCAUCUGAUCAGACUAUCACAUCUGUCUGCCGUUCUCUGGUCAGUGUCUAUUCUCAUCGGUCUGACUAUCCCUGGUCAGUUUCUGUUCUCAUCUGAUCAGACUAUCACAUCUGUCUGUCAUUCCCUGGUCAGUUUCCAUUCUCAUCGGUCUGACUAUCCCUGGUCAGUUUCUAUUCUCAUCUGAUCAGACUAUCACAUCUGUCUGCCGUUCUCUGGUCAGUGUCUAUUCUCAUCGGUCUGACUAUCCCUGGUCAGUUUCUGUUCUCAUCUGAUCAGACUAUCACAUCUGUCUGUCAUUCCCUGGUCAGUUUCCAUUCUCAUCGGUCUGACUAUCCCUGGUCAGUUUCUGUUCUCAUCUGAUCAGACUAUCACAUCUGUCUGCCGUUCUCUGGUCAGUGUCUAUUCUCAUCGGUCUGACUAUCACAUCUGUCUGUCAUUCCCUGGUCAGUUUCCAUUUGCCCUCAAACACCAUUGUUAAUAUUGUAGAUGUCACUCACAAAUGUGACAGAAUGAUUGAAGUAAUCCCUUCUGGGUUAAAAUAAGUUCAUAUUUGUCCAUGAAUCAUUUAUUCUGAUUAUUCCUGAAAUAUCUGGCAGAAAUGUUCUUUUGUUUUUAGGCUUAUGAAGACUUGAAAUAGAUCUUGCUUUGCAGAAUUCUCUACUCUUUCACAUCUCAUGCAUAGUAAGGUGGAAAUAAUCUCAUUAAAUAGCAGAUUGCCUUGGAGCCCAUCCAUCACUCACUUAGUUCUGCUUAGCUACUGUAUAUAUAAAUUGAUCAGAGCCUUCUCAUUGCAACCUGCCUUUAAAGAUUCCCUUUGUCCGUGUGAUUCCUCAUGACUUGCUGGAGUUGGAAAUUUGAAUGAAUAUAGGCAUCCGUUAAUCUGGAGAGACCAUGCACGCCUGAGCAGGUUUGUAUGGGAGACCGGCAGUUGCUCAUGCUGCAAGUCUCCCCUCUCAUUAGACCAACGCCUUAACCACUUGGCCACGCGCCAACACGUAUGAAUGGAACAUAUGAAGUGUAUUUACAGUACAACUUGGUGUCCAUGCUGUUGAUUUACUUGAGAUUAAUGCUGAUAAAUCUUGGCCAUAGUAUUGCCAAUAUUAUUAUGAACCUGAGUUCCAUGUGUCCUGUUUUACCCACAUUCCAUUUUUAUUCAAAGUUCAAAGUAAAUUUAUUGUGUGUGUGUGUGUUAUAUGUCACCAUACACAACCCUGAGAUUCAUUUUCUUGUGAGUAUACUGAAUAAAUCCAUAAUAGAAAUAAUAACCAAUAUAGAAUCAAUGAAAGACUAUACCAACCUGGAUGUCAAGUGUGGAAAAGACAACAAACUACAAAUAUAAAAAUAAAUAAUAAUAAAUAAAUAAAUAAAUAUUGAGAACAUGAGUCUAUAACCAUGGCCUAUAUUUUUGUCUCAUAUUUGGCAGUCUUCCUCCCCUCCUCUAAAUCCAAACGUUUGUGUCGGCUAAACAAUACUUUAUACCUCAUCUUGUCUGUUUUUUUUAAACAUCUGCCUGCCCUAAUUGUAAUUAUUUUAGAUGAGAGCUGUCCUGGAUUUGUCUUGGUGGGGAGGAGAGUUGAAAUGGAAACUUACCAUUCUGCUGUCAUCCUUUAACCUCAACUCCCUUUUCCUCCCAUUUCUUUCACACCACCAGAUUUGUUUUGAAAGCCCAAUUUGACUGUCCUUCUUUAAAAGGGCUCAGGCUUCUACUCUUCUUUGUGUUUAAAUGAGAUUUCUAAUUUCACUCCUUAAAAGAACAUGACUUCUCAUGCUUGUUUCCUUCACCAAAGGAAACUCUUUUUCUCCGCAUCUGCAUCGAACUAUUCAAUCACCUGACCCCACUGUUAAUACCUCAGCUGCUUAAACUCAAAGGAAUCCUAAUUAGGAGGUGUGUUGUAUUAGCAUCCGGGAUUUUAACACGGAUUAAUGUUGAAGUUUAGGUAAGUGAUGUUUUCUUGGAGAUCUCUAAAAGGAAGAGUUUGUAAAACUAAUAAGCAGUGGUUCCAUUGUGGUGAUCAGCAAAGCUUUUGUUUUUCUGAGUGGAAAAUUAACUUCACUAAUCAAUCAUUGUGUGAUCUUCUGAAUGCUCGAGAUGUAUAAUUUCAACAUUUAAGAGAAGUUUGGAUCAGUACAUGGAUGGGAAGGGUAUGGAGAUCUGUGGUCCAAGUGUUGAUCAAUGGGACUAGGCACAAUAACAGUUGGGUACGGACUUGGACUAGAUGUUGUGGUGUUCUAUGAUUCUGUGACGGACACUGCUAGGUUGUUGGAUGUGGGCAUCAAGCGACCUUGUAUCUGUCAUUCCCACCAUCCUUUCGAAACCCUGCUGUUGACAGUUUCCAAAGAAAUGUCCUCUUGUAUGAAGUACCAGAGUACUCCCAAGGCCUGUGGAACAGUCAGCAGCUGUGAGAGAGGAAAGGGAGGUCUGACACCAAAUACUGCCUUCAGAAUGGGAGGAAGUGGGCCUUAAAGUGAAAUAAAAUUAAAUAUUUCUCUACUUUUAUGCCUCAGAUGUCAGUCGCUUUUUGUUUUCCACAAAAGUA